AUGUCGAAUCAACGAGCAAAAGCUCGCACAGCCAUAGAGGAGCCAAACAGCACAGAGCAAGGCAUUCAAGACUUGCAGGAGGCUUACUCGCAAUCCAACGAGGCGAUGGCGUCGCAGGAAAUGAAGGAUGUGUCAGAGCGUGUGAAUGAAAUCCUUGCAAACAACAAUGCUGAGAGCGCAAAGGCCGGAGACAUCGGUAAGACGAUCGUAGAUCAGGUCAAGGACAAGACAGGGGUCGACCUGCAGUCUGACGAUCUACGCAACAAGGCCGGAGACAUCGGUAAGACGAUCGUAGAUCAGGUCAAGGACAAGACAGGGGUCGACCUGCAGUCUGACGAUCUACGCAACAAGGCCGGAGACAUCGGUAAGACGAUCGUAGAUCAGGUCAAGGACAAGACAGGGGUCGACCUGCAGUCUGACGAUCUACGCAACAAGGCCGGAGACGUCGGUAAGACGAUCGUAGAUCAGGUCAAGGACAAGACAGGGGUCGACCUGCAGUCUGACGAUCUACGCAACAAGGCCGGAGACAUCGGUCAGACGAUCGUAGAUCAGGUCAAGGACAAGACAGGGGUCGACCUGCAGUCUGACGAUCUACGCAACAAGGCCGGAGGCAUCGGUCAGACGAUCGUAGAUCAGGUCAAGGACAAGACAGGGGUCGACCUGCAGUCUGACGAUCUACGCAACAAGGCCGGAGACGUCGGUCAGACGAUCGUAGAUCAGGUCAAGGACAAGACAGGGGUCGACCUUCAGUCUGACGAUCUACGCAACAAGGCCGGAGACGUCGGUCAGACGAUCGUAGAUCAGGUCAAGGACAAGACAGGGGUCGACCUUCAGUCGGAGGAAGCGAAGGCGGCAGUCAGCGCGAUGGGCGGGGCGGUGGUCUCCCUCGCCGUGGAGGAGCAGCUGAGAAGCUUCUGUCAGAGCUCGGAUUGCCAGGAGGUGCAGGAGGCGGUCGGGAGGGAGCUGGUGAAGGUCGCGGGGAUGCUGGGUGAAGUUCAGAUCCCCUUCAGCCUUGACAGUGUCGUCGGAGCCUUCGGGGUGCUGGGAGACGUCGCGUACGCAUGCCCGAUGUUGGCACCGGUCGGGCUGAUCCUGGUGGGGGUCUCGAGCGCUUGCAAGCAGGCCAAGUACAACCGAGAGCAGGCGGACUUCAUGCGGGAGCGAGUCGAUGGCAUCUCAGCGACGAUGAAGCGACUGAGCGCGAACCUGCAGCAGAAAGGAGCCAAGGACAGCGCGUCUGUGCUGGAGCCUCUGCUGGAGGUUCUCAAGGAGGCGUUCGAGUACAUCUCGCGGAUCACGAGACGAGGUUUCAUGAAGUCGCUCUUCACCUACUCCGCCGACAGAAAGACUCUGCAGCAGCUCGACAAGCAGAUCACUGACGCCACCCAAGCCCUCCAUCUCGCCGUCGCCAACGAGCAGGUCGGGCUUCGAUUGAUGAGCGUGUGUUUGCAGCUCGAGCUCAGCCUGCAGAUGGACGAGAAGCUUGUGCGAAUGAUGGCGAUGCUGGAGAAAGGAGUCCCAGCAGGUUGCAAGGAGCCAGCGCAGAUAGAUGCGAAAGUGCUGGUGGAGAUUGCAGAGCGAUCAGGAUGUAAGAUGGCGAAUGAGAUGAAGGAAGAGAUCGGAUCGAUGAGCGAGGCGAUGAUGAAGCACAUGGAGCAAGUCACCGCAGCGGUCAGUGCGAUCCAGGACAAGCUGCACGACAUGGACAGGAAGAGCGACGUACAUCACGAAGAAGACAUGCUUGCUCACCAGAAGACCCAGUACAUGAUCGCUGAGGGCAACGUGGAGUCCAAGAAAGCAGCAGCGCAGACGCUGCAGGCCGUCAUGUCGAUAGCGGCGAGGAGCGGAGGGGUUCAGCCCAAGUGGAGCUCGAAGCGAGAGGCUGAGCUGCUCACCAAGGAAGCGACUCACUACAUCGACUGCACGUCCGACGUCGCCAUCCUCACCCUCCACCAGGAUGGGAUCGGGAUGGACGAGCGACAGCUGCAGAGCGAGUUCAAGCGGAUGGACACAAACAGGAACGGAUACCUGAGCAUCCUGGAGCUGAAGACGGGUCUACAACACAGCAAGAACAUGAGCGUGGAGGAGGUAGAAGAUCUGUUCUUUGCCUAUGACUUCAACCAAGACGGCAACAUCUCUCUCUCUGAGUUCAUCUCCUUGAAACGUCCCAACCUCGAGGGCCAGCAGGGCCAGCAGGGGGAGGACGGGGAGAACUUUGCGGGCACGUGCGGUCAGAUGGGAGAGCCGACCAGGAACGGCGAGCCAGGGCAGGACGGAGGAGACGGGCAGAGCGGACUGGACGGGGCGAACGGGCUGGACCUGAUGGACUUCGAGGUGAUGCUGGAGUUUGUGAGGGAGGACCUGGAGGCCCGAACGCGCACGUACCGUAUCGAGCACUCCGGACCCAAGGGGAAGGUGAUGAAGGAGGUGGAGCUGCCGUACCCCGAGGGCAUCCUGUAUGUCAACGCUAGAGGAGGGAGCGGAGGACAGGGAGGGAGGGGAGGCAGCGGAGGCGACGGAGGUAACGGAGGAGACGGAGGGCGAGGAGAGCAGAGUACGAGUGGAGGGGACGGAGGAGACGGAGGGGACGGAGGAAAUCCAGGGAGGGGAGGAUGCGGCGGGAACGGAGGAAACUCGUCGAGGGUGAAGAUCAACACCAACGAUCCUGCGCUGCUGAUGCUGGUCAAGGUGGAUGUGUCGGGAGGCGCUCCGGGGCAGGAGGGGAGGCAUGGGAACCCAGGAAGAGGAGGGAGGGGCGGGAGGGGAGGAGAGGGAAGCGUAUACUAUGAAUCGG